UGUUGUUGGGAAGAAAAGGUUUUUUUGUUAGAAAUCUCUCACGCUCUGACAUCAAUCAUUCUUACCUUAGCCCUCUCCUUUCCCAACCCUUCUUCUCUCUUCAUUUCGCCCACACACACACACACACACACACACUGAGUUUUAAUAAAAACCCAAAAAAAAAAAAAAAUUUAAAAUUAAAUAAAAAUUCAAUCUGGGUUGUGGCAAUUAUGGCUGGGCGAAGAAGAAAGAAGAUGAAAUUAUUGGCCGAAACAAUUAGACACAGCAAAAAGCUCUCGAAGCAUGAGCCGAUAGACGAGCAACAAGAAACGCAAACACAGACCGAUCUUCCAACAGAGCUCAUGGAACUAAUCCUCUCCCAACUGACCUUAAAAGACAACAUUCGCGCGUCGGUUGUCUGCAAAAGAUGGCUCUCUGUAGCACUCUCCGUGAGAAAAUCCAACAAACCACCGUGGCUGAUGUUCUUCCCCAAAUUCGGCAACCUCUACGAAUUCUACGAGCCCUCCAAACGCAAAACCUAUUUCCUCGACCUGCCCGAGCUAAACGGGUCCCGCAUUUGCUACGCCAGAAACGGGUGGCUCCUCCUCUACAAGCCGAGAACUCAGUCAGUAUUCUUCUUCUGCCCUUACACACGAGACUCCAUCGCUUUGCCUACCCUAGAACUAACCUACCAAAUAGUCGCCUUCUCCGACGCCCCAACUGCCGCCAGCUGUAUCGUCUUCACGGUCAAGCACGUCAGCCCCACCGUGGUGGCGGUCAGCACCUGCCGCCCCGGAGCCACCGCGUGGGCCACCACCAACUACCAGAACCGCCUCCCGUUCGUUAGCAGCAUUUGGAAUAAGCUCGUUUUCUGCAAGGGUAUGUUUUAUUGCUUGAGCCUGACUGGCUGGCUGGGGGUCUACGACCCCCAGAAGAGCACUUGGGCGGUGCAUUCGGUGGCACCGCCCAAGUGCCCGGAGAAUUUCUUCGUCAAGAAUUGGUGGAAGGGGAAAUUCAUGGCGGAGCACGACGGGGAUAUUUUCGUAAUUUACACUUGCUCGGCGGUGAACCCCGUUAUAUAUAAGCUGGACCAGGCCAAGAAAGUGUGGGUGGAGGUUGAGAAUUUAGGCGGGAUGACUUUGUUUGCGAAUUUUUUGUCGUCUUGUGCUAGGAUGGAUCUUCUUGGAACAAUGAGAAAUAAUGUUUAUUUCUCGAAGGUUCGAUUUUAUGGUAAGAGAUGCGUUUCGUAUUCAUUGGAGAAUGGUAGGUAUUAUCCGCGAAAGCAGUGUUAUGAUUGGGGUGAACAAGAUCCUUUCGAGAGUGUUUGGAUCGAGCCGCCGGAAGAUCUUUCGACUUUUCUUUGAAAGUCAAGUAGCCGUUGUACUCGCUGAAUGUUGUUUUAGUGAUUUUUUUUUUAUCUUUUUUUCGGCCGUCGCUGCCAAAUAAUCAGUAGUUAUCACACCCAAUGUAGCUGCCCCCUUUUUUUUUUUUUUUUCUUUUUUCCUCACCUUAAUGUUGUUUAUUAUCGCUAUGAUUUUCGUAAUUUAGGGUAUGUAAACUGCAAGCUAUAAUGCUUAGGUACGAUGUUGUAAUACAUUUUAAUCGACAUUUAGAUUAUAAGUAUUUGUCUUCUACUUUUC